AGGGGGGGUGUUUAGAGCGGAACCGAUCAGCGGAGGAACGACUCAUCCGUUAGCCACCGUUAGCUGGCUAACUAGCUGCUAGCCGGCUAACCUGGAGCUAACAUGUUGACCCUCCUAUCUUUACUAACUGACCGGGAUGGUUGCGGAGUCGAGGGGUCGGAACAUGACUUUACUGCGCCGUGUUGUUGACUUGUCCGAGCUUUGAGUUAUGCUCUCACGAAAGAAAAGUAAAAACGAAGCGUCCAAACCAGCCGAGGUCCACGGGAAGUAUGUGAAGAAGGAGACGUCUCCGCUGCUCAGAAAUCUUAUGCCCUCAUUCAUCCGCCAUGGACCGACUAUUCCCCGACGAGCAGAGGUCGCCCUGCCGGAUGUGGCGCCCACUGCCUACACCGUGCCGCCCAGCCGGGAGCCCGUGGUGUCCCGCAACAAGAGCUUUCUCCGCGCCCCCGUGCAGAGGCCUCCUCACGAGGUGGCCCGCAGAGAGAGCCACCGCAUGUCAGCACCUCCGUACCUGCCCCGCAGUCUGGGAGAGCUGCCCCACGAGUACGGGGGCUCGUCACAGUCCUUCCUCACAGACGUGAUGUCUGAGAACGGAGACGCUGCACGCUAUUAUUACCCGUCUGAACCUUACUUUGACAACCAGCAGCAGCAGCGGCCUCGGAGGGUCCCGGACCGUUUCCCUGAGGACUAUAGAUACUACGAGCACAAUGAACACAACUUCCAAAGACUUCCACCACAGCACACUCCCCCGGCUCCGAGCCGACCGCCGUCAGGCAUCGGUCGGAUCCAGGCCAAGUCCCUCGGGAACCUCUCCAACCUGACGGGAGAGGACGUCCCACUUCCUGCCGGCUGGACCGUGGACUGGACCAUCCGAGGCAGGAAGUAUUACAUCGACCACAACACCAACACCACGCACUGGAGCCACCCUCUGGAGAGGGAGGGGCUCCCUCCGGGCUGGGAGAAGGUGGAGUCUGCAGAGUUUGGGGUCUACUACGUGGAUCACAUCAACAAGAGGGCUCAGUACCGCCACCCCUGUGCCCCCAGCGUGCCUCGCUAUGACCAGCCUCCUCCCUUACCGCCUCCCAUCACCUAUCAGCCGCGGCCUGCAGACAGGAACCAGCCCGUUCUGGUCCCAGCCAACCCGUAUCACACAGCCGAGAUCCCAGACUGGCUGCAGGUGUACGCCCGGGCCCCCCUCAAGUACGACCACAUCCUGAAGUGGGAGUUGUUCCAGCUGGCUGAUCUGGACACGUAUCAGGGGAUGCUGAAGCUUCUCUUCAUGAAGGAACUCGAACACAUCGUCAAGUCGUACGAGGCGUACCGCCAGGCGCUGCUCACCGAGGUCGAGGCCCGCCAGCAGAGGAAGCAGUGGUACGCCCAGCAGACGGCGAGCAACAACUUCAUGUGACGAGAGAGAGAGAGAGAGAGAGAGAGUGUGUGACUGUGCGUGCGUGCGUGGCGCCUCUCUGAAAGCGUCUUUACCAAAACACACGAGUGCCUUCGUUUGAUCCAAAUAAAUCAGACAGGAAGUGACGGAGGAGGAAGGGGGCGGGGCACUCGACCAUGAAUGAACAUGUGACUGAAAACCCUCCAGUGAGACGCUCCGACCUGCUCGUCAGCUGUUUGUGGACACUGAACUGAAAUAAAAGGCAGCUUUUCUAUCUG